GCGACGCUUCGUUCGUCGGCCCGUGCGUGUGUGUUUAGUACACGAUUGUCUCGGUGCGGGUCGUUCACAUUUUGGUGUCGAGCAAGAUUCGGAGUACACGAUCCGCGCGAAACUCUCCGGCUGCUUUAUAAGGGCACACCCCCAGGCUUGCGAGUGGAAUUAAAACAAACGGGCCACGCAAUGGAGUGUGGUCUGGCAGCGGGCACAGGGUCCCUCAAGGGUCCCGGGGAAUGCCUUGCGGCUUGUCCCAAGUCGCUGCACGUCAACUUCGAAGGAGGCGACAAGGAAGAGCUGCAGGACCGCAAGAAGAAGUACCUGACGGCCAAGUACGGCCCACACCAAAUGAGCCUCAUCAAGAAGCGGCUGCGCGUAGAGAUGUGGAUGUACGAGCAGCUUCAGCGACUCUUUGCCUGCUCGGAUGACAACCACGACAUCGAAAUAGACUUGGACGAGCUCUUGGACAUGGAGAGUGAUCACCGUCGAAGAGACUUUCUCAGGGCAAAAUUGGUGGGUGCCAAACAGACACGGGACCAAGUUGAGAUGUUCAUCGACGAGCUGAUACAGCGGGCCAAGACCCUGUGAGAACCUCCACCGGCAAGGUGUUCGUCCUAGUCAUCAGGACCCAUGUUCUUAAAAAAUCUCACCGCACCCAUACGCUUGUACACCGUGACCCCACUGUGUCCUCGACAUGUCUUACUGUAUGUUUUUUUUUUUCUUGCUCAUUGCCGCAACGGCAUGCUUUCCAUCACCGCACUAUUCAUGUUCACCUAAAUCCCUUGGCCACAUGUGGCAGCGGUCUAGCUGGAAACGGGAGACGGUAAAAGACGACGCUGCGACAGUUUUGUCGUGGACGACAGAAACUGUGAGAUUGUUUUGGCUGGGGGAGCUGGCCAAACGCUGGCUCUUUACACAGCUUUUCAAGAGUGUAUUGAACGGCCUUUUCAAGACUGAACUGUAGGGAGGUACCUGCUUGUGGCACUGAAGGGAGCAGGCGCAUAAAACUAUCGUGUGCAACUGCUCAUAUCUCCGGAAAGUACCCACUUUCCGUGCACUGUGUGGCAUCAGCUUCUUCAUCGAGAGUCCUCAUCCUGUGCCAUCAUCAUCCUGCUUAGUGCUGAUGAUGAUGGCGAUGAAGAUGACUCUACAUCCCAGAUAUAUCUGCAGCAUAGGCAUCAUAGGAUGCAAGUGAGGUAAAUGCUUCCUAAGCCUGCUUAAGGAGCCACAGAUUUACCUCAUAGUGUUUGGUCUCCUGCAGAGCUCGCAGGUGACAUUGAAAGACGAGUAAUUUGGAACAGUGUCGUGUGUGUGGUUGAAGCUGAGGGUGCAGAAUAAGGAGUGCAAGUUUCUCAUUCCUUUCUGAUGACAUGCCUUUGAAUGGAUCCACUUUGCAGCUAGCUGGUAUACAACUAAUGUGAGCUGGUGAAGACACCGAAAGGCAGGUGUUAGGAGGAGACCUUGUCGGGAGAUUAGGACCUCUAUUUAGCAGGCAUCCUUGCAAAGCCAGAAUACUCGGCUGAGAAUGUUGGGUGUAUUUUGAAAUCGUAACAUUGGAAGGCUGAUCUUCAUAGAGUGGAGUUGGUUUUGCAAUGCUGGAAGACUUAAAUUAAGAUCGAUGCCACAUGCUUAACAUGAAUUCUCCUCUGGCUUCUUAGUAAAUUUGAAGAUUGGCUUGUACUGGUAUUGGUGCUGCUGAGUAAGAAGCAAGUGUGAACGAAAGUGAACGCCAAGUGAAGCUGUGCUUGACUGCAAUCUUUUGUGUACGUUCUGCUUCUGAGAGCAGUGACACUUAUCCUUGCAGUCUUUUGAAGAUCUUGCUGUCAGUGUUGCAUGCACUGGGUUCCAACUCCCCGUUCUGCCCUACACCAUCUCUGUUUGAGCAGUACCAAAGUUGACAGCCACUGUUUAUGGUUUGUUGGCUAACUUUUAUCCACGAAACAUUUGCCACACGAAAGAUAAGAUUUUUAUGGCGCUUCUAGUGCUGUUUGCAAUGUAGUUUUACAGUUUUUGGACUCUUUAAGAACUAGAUUAUAACAGUGGGAGGCAUAGAGGAGCAUGCAACAGAGGAGAUGUGCCUGUACUUGGGUACACACUGUUCACGCUUCAUCCUCCACAGUAUUUCACUAGCUGAUGUUCCGGAAGGAAGGUUCCACAGUAGUUUUCCUUCGUGCAUGCUUGGAAAACUAUGUUAACCCACGAGGCAGCUCACCAGUAGAAACUUGCCACUUACAAGCUGUUAGCUGUGUAACAAGCCCGACAAACGUUUUCAUUAUUAUUUCACGCACCAGCACUAUCACCCCAAAUAAGUUGCGUAAAUGAGUAAAACAACGCAGUUGACAGACACGGCCACACCUUGCAUCUGCUGCAGCUUUCAUGUGAACUGUGGUAGCGCCAAUACUAAGGUUCUAGCUCCUGUAGAAUUGUGCACUCUUGUGGAUGGAGCUGUUUAUCGCAUUGAACCGAAAAAUGCGAGUCUUACAAGAGUCAUGGUGCAAACUUAGACUUGAUGAAUGUGUGGGCAAGUACUGCGUGCUUGAGAACGUUAGAAGCAGUCCGCUCUGCCUGCACUGGCGCAAGCUAUCUUUCUUGCUGUGUCUGAAAGACACUAAUUUGCAAAUCUGUCCAUAAUUACAAGACUAGGAUUCAUCUAAGCAUUUCUGGCCUUCACUGCGCAGCCCUUGUCUAUGUGCCGGCUAUGCAUGUUGCCAUGUUUUCUACAAGUGCCGGUUCCCAUACUGGCUUAGGUUUAGUUAAGGCACUUGGCCACUCUCUAAAGGUUUGCCGAGAAACAGCUUUUAUGCUUAAGUUGCUCUUCAAGUCUGCAGUGUGUCAGUAUAAUGUGUAAAUUUAUCAAUUGUUCUAGGUAGGAGUUUGCAUAUCAUUCUAAUUCAGUGCUUUCAUAGUUUCUAUGCAUAUGCGGCAUCUCGAUAUAUCGGCUCUUGCGAGCUGUCAUUAGUGAUCAUCGUUUCAAGCUAUAGCUAGGCAUAAUGGAGCAGAUAAGCUGGAUUUCUUGCGACAAAGCUUGUAGCAGUAGGCUAGAGUUUUGUCUUUUUCUUGCAGAUGACUGGAGGAGAUAGUAUAAAGCUUCCAGCGCCAUUUUACAACCGUGUUGUUACACGACUUGCCAUGCUGCCUUAAUGCAGACAUUUUUUUGGUAUUUGUUGGACAGUAGUAAUUAUAUAGUUACCACAAUCUUUACAAUACUCCUCGUACUGACAGUCCUUCUCAUAGGUAGUGUGUAGGUGCUAGUGUUUGACUGCACUGUUAGGAGAUUGAUUGGUUGUCUGUGCAGGUUUCUUUCUGCUUGCUCUAGAACCUUCAUCUAAAUCUGAAAUAGCAUAGGCCAGCGGUGGACAGGACAACAGCAGACGACACAAACACAACACACACAAGCACUGUGUGCCGUCUGCUUUUGUCCUGUUCUUCAGCGCGGUAUCUCUUCACCCAAGUAUGCACCAACCAGCCAAAAUUGGCACACCGCUGACACUUAUAGUACAUUCAACUGUUUGCUUUCAAGUACUCUAACGGCGUGCUUUACAUUCGGCUGGUUCAUUCUGAGGACCACGGUACAGCUCGGAGGUGCUCGCAGCUUUGUGGUGGGACAGUGAGUGAGAUCCGAUUAAUUGCAGUCACUUGGCUUCGCCGAUUGCUCUGAGAGUUGAUGAUCAGUUGGCUCGGGCAAGCUUUCUCUAGCUCCAAUCUCGCGAAGGCUUUGCAUCGUCGCACGGAGAGUUUGACCACGGUAGGAACCAGUCGAAUGCGCCUGCAGCGCUGAAUAAAAGGUGAAACCCGAGUACAAAAGGUUGUUGUAGGAAGCGUGGAACACACGUAAAAGCAUAAUGGCUGUGAAGGUUGCCUGUUCUAUAAAGUCUAUGAGAGAGAAAAGUACUGUUGUUUUCAAAGUGACAUUGAAGUUGUGGGGUCAGCAAGUUGAUUGUCUGAAGCAGCCACCAUAACCUCUUGUUUGGAGAGGAAGGCUGCAAUGUGUUGCUGUAGUUUAUCGCAUACCUGUAUUGCAAUGAUGGUAAGAUGUACCUGUUUUUGGGCGACUCAGGCUCGUUUAGGAGUUGGGAGAUAUUGUAUGAACAUCUUCCACAUUAAAGCAUUGUUUUUCGUGUUAUUUUUUAUUCUUAUGCUACUGCCAUCUAUUUUUUACUUUUCGAACAUACUUUUGGUGCAAGACUCAUUUUCAAGGUGCGAGGUGUUUUGCUGCAGACAUGAGGCAGUUUGGUGUUAACAUGUAAAUGUAAUCUGCAGAUGUGAAUUAAGAGUGCGAUGAAAAUUAAGUAGUGCACAUUCUAGUGCCACUACUGGGCCUUCAUGCAAACACACCGCAUGUUUCCUUCUGUGUUCAUUAGUGUUUUAAACUACUGCAUUACAUUUGCCCUGUGCAUGUUUUUAACAUGGUUUUAGUGAGGACUUAUGGUACAUGUGCCAUGAAUGCAGCACAGGUGUAUGCAUUGAAAAUGACCUUUUUUUUUGUUCUGUAUUUCACGCGCAAAGCACAUUGUCACCAAACAAAUGAGCUUUUCAAAUGAACAGCAACUUGCACCUAUAGUGUUUGGAUUACCAUCGAUGUUGCAGAAUUCACUGUUUCCCGUUUUGGCCACCUGCUAUAUUUGCAUGUCCUCGGCGGUGGCCGAAUGGCAUUGCGACUUCACUUCAACGCUAACUUACAUCACUGGUCCAGUUGUGGCCGCCAUGUUUAACUUCACAAUGUUGACAACUUGCUGUAGUGUUACUGUUUUCAGUGUGUGUGCUUAUUUACACACCAAUAUGUUUGAAACUUCUAGAGUCUUUUAAUAGUUGUGUGCACGUCAUCACCGGGGCAGCUUUGAAGCCUUCAUUUUUCACGCACUCAUAACCAAGCAUACAAUUGUGCUGGUGCCAUGCAGAAUGAAAUCAGCUGUGUAGAGGUUUAGUUUCUUCUGUCAAGUGUUGGUCAAUGCGCUAUUGUGCAGUUAUUUCUCGGGUAGACAUGCUCGUAAGGCAGCGCUGGUAGUUGACUGCGAGCCGCUUAUGGUGCAUGAGUUGAGCAUUGCUUUUGGUAAGGUCGCUUGCUUGUUGAAUGAGUUGGAAUAUUGCUAUCUUUAAGAGAAACUAGUGCAGAACUAGAUGCAUAUGCAGGGGAAACUGCAGGUUAACUGGACAAAUAGUAAAAAGAAAGUGUACAAGACAAAACAAUAAAAUGAAAAAAAAAAGGGGGGGGGGGGAGUAUACGAAGUCAAUGGUAACAAAAAACGCGCAAAGAAACAUUCACCGGGAAACCCUAAGUUCUCUAAUAGCAGCAUACAUUCCUUGGUGAAACAGCUUGCAGAUGUUGAAUUCAUGAGGUGUGAUUAUGCAAUAGCACCCUAAUACCGGUGUGGUAGGUGGUGCUUCUGGAUCCUGAGUUUCUUGGAAGCCCAGGAUCCAUCUCUUCCACUUUGGCUUUUCAUGUGCACAUGCAUCUUGUUCUAUGCUUGCUUCUCUUCAUAUCACUUUUGAGGAUGCAUGGCAUUGGUUAUAUUACAUAAUUGUUUACCCUGUUGAGUCUUUCCUUUGCAAACCACUCUUGCAGCAGUAGCUAACCUGUUAGUGGAGAGUUUUAGCUGAGCAUUUACAGCAGGUUGCACACAGCUGUGCUACAUCCACGCACAGUGCCGACUGCCACGUCACCGGCUUUAAAGCGCCAACUUCAAGGGCCCCGUUACGCAGUGAGCAUGGUGUCAAGGACAUUGAGUGUGAGCGAAAGCUCGCUAGCAAUCCCAGUGCGGUGCAUGCCGUGUUUCUACCAUUCAAAGAGCGGCGCAUGCCCCGUGCUUUCUACUAAUUAUGGUGCGGCAUCCGUGGUGCCGGCCGG